UGCCGAUGAACGCAGCGCUGCCUUCUGCGGCUCCCCCGGCUUUCCUUCCCCGCGCCCCGGCUUGCAAACCGUGAGGGUCUGACUGCGGGGGCUCGGCGCGGCGGCGAGGAGAGCUCUGGGGAGCCUGGCGAGCGCCUCGGACCAUGCAGCCUCGCCUGAAAUAAACAGUGGGAUUCGAAAGGAGCUCCGUGGCUGGAUUCUGCAGAUUUUUUUUUUCCCCUCCCUCCUCCUGCCCCCUCUAAAUCCCUCUCCUCGAGGAGGCGUGCUGUUUCUUCAUUUCUGGGAAACCAUGGACAAGAAGCAAGAUUCCAAAGGAUCCUUGGAGCCGCACAAACCAGUAAAGAGCAAGAAGAAACGGGAAUUGAGGAUAACAUGUUUCACCAUCAAGCAGCCUGUUGCCAACACAACUCCCCCAAGGAAUUUGGACUCCAGAACAUUCAUUACCAUUGGAGAUAAAAACUUCGAGGUGGAGGCUGAUGACUUGGUGACUAUUUCAGAGCUGGGCCGUGGGGCCUACGGCGUGGUGGAGAAAGUCCGGCAUGCUCAGAGUGGCACCAUCAUGGCUGUGAAGAGGAUUCGAGCGACUGUGAACACUCAGGAGCAGAAGAGGUUAUUGAUGGACUUGGACAUCUCCAUGAGGACAGUUGACUGUUUCUACACUGUCACCUUCUAUGGAGCCCUCUUCCGAGAGGGCGAUGUGUGGAUCUGCAUGGAGCUCAUGGAUACCUCCCUAGAUAAAUUCUACAAGAAGGUGCUAGAGAAGAAGAAAACCAUCCCUGAAGACAUCUUGGGGAAAAUGGCUGUGUCUAUUGUACGAGCGCUGGAGCAUCUGCAUAGUAAACUGUCUGUGAUCCAUAGAGAUGUGAAACCUUCCAAUGUGCUUAUCAACAAGGAGGGACAUGUGAAAAUGUGUGACUUUGGAAUCAGCGGCUACUUGGUGGACUCCGUGGCAAAAACCAUGGAUGCUGGCUGCAAACCUUACAUGGCUCCGGAGAGGAUAAACCCUGAGCUGAACCAGAAGGGCUACAACGUGAAGUCAGAUGUCUGGAGUCUUGGGAUCACGAUGAUCGAGCUGGCCAUUCUUCGCUUCCCGUACGAGUCCUGGGGGACCCCCUUCCAGCAGCUCAAGCAAGUUGUGGAGGAGCCUUCACCCCAGCUGCCUGCUGAUCGCUUCUCCAAGGAGUUUGUGGACUUCACGGCACAGUGCUUAAGGAAAAACCCUGCUGAGCGAAUGAACUAUUUAGAACUUAUGGAACAUCCUUUCUUUACCUUGCACGACACCAAAGAGACUGACAUGGCCUCCUUCGUGACAGAGAUCCUCGGGGAAGACUCUUAACUCUCAGGCCUCGUGGCUGCGUACGGUCCCCUCCUCCAGCACCCCGACUUCCCUGCAGAAGAGCGAAUGAGGACUCGUGUUAAUGGUGGUUUGCACAAAUUGCAUUUCCCCAAUCUGCUGGCAUCUCCGGGCCCAAACAGCCUUGCAGUUUCUUUUCUGUUUGCCCCAAACAAAAUCCUCCAGGACGAGCCUUUCGAAGCUGACAUGUACCCAACUAAGCCACGGAGACUGAAGGCCCAGGAGUUCCCCGGCCAGUGCCAGGCACAUGCCUUGAGCGGCGUGGGGAGAGGCCUGUGCCCACGGUACCUGAGCCGAGGCCCGGGCUGAGGGUGCGCAAGGGCCUCUCCCUUCCGCAGCAGCCUGCUGCACGGCACAGGGGAUUUCUGGGUUCAUUCCCCUUUGUGCCCGCGGAAGGCCGAGGGAACGAUUCUUCCUGAGCCUUCCUACUCCCUUCCGCUUCUCUUCUGCCCUGCCUGCGUGGGAGCCCAAGAGCCUUGUCCCACAAAGUUUGGUCUCGGUUUUCUCCGAUCUUCUGCCACCAGGAUCCUGGAGAGCUCUUUGGGAGGCCGUGGGGCGGCGUGGGCACAGCCCGGUCUGCUUCAUGUCUGGCAUAAUAUCUUCUGACUCUUCCAGACAGCGCCAGGCCUGGUGCCCCCCUCCCACCCCCUUCCCUGAGUCAAUGCACCAGUCACUUGGGGGAUUAAAAAAAAAAAAAAAACCCAGCAUUUUAAAAUGAGCCCAGCUCGCUGUAAGCUUCAACCCACACCCUCCCGGUGCUUGCCCACAGCACCUCACCCACAGCACAGGGGAGGGGAGCGAGACCCCCCGGGCGCUGCCCUCCAGGAUGCCCAGGCUGGAAGGAUGCGUCUGCAGCCUGCUCCUCGCCCCGCUGCCGGUCCGGAGCGUGGGCGUCUGGCGCCGGCGGCAGUCCCUGCCUCCGCCUUCCCCGGCUCCCGCUCCGGAGAGGAGGUUGCUCCAUCUCCCUUCCCACCGGGGGCUCCCGUAAGACCUCGCGCUGUGCCAUGAGCUCCUUCGGAGGCCACGCUGGUGCCUGGAGCUGCCGUCGAGCUCCUCGGCCGCCCACCCGGGCUCAGCCGACAUCGAAAACCCGACGACUUGCACAGGGGCUGCUGACACUUGUACAUUUUACGUCUAUAUAUAAUGGACUUUGUAACAUGUUUCCUAGUUUUAAUCUUAACUUGCUAUAAAUUAAAGCCCUUCUGUGUGGGAGGAGGGAGGAGCGGUUCCUCCUCCGCUAACAAAUCCACUGUGAAAACCUGAUGUGUUUCCCCACUCUCCCAGCCUGAGCACUCGACAAGGAGUUACGGGAGCAAAAGGGAUUUCUGUCUUCUACUGUAUAUGAUCACAGGAUAAACGCACCGGCUGUGGAUUUGGGUUUUUUUUUUUAAUUAUUAUUAUUAAUGGAUUGAGUUUUCAGAGGGUUUUUGUUCUUUUCUAAUAUAUAUUUGUGUGUGUGUAUGUGUGUGCGCAUAUAUAUAUAUAUAUAUAUAUAUAUUAUAUAUUUUUAAAUCAGUGAUGAAUGUAUGAAUGUAUAUGUGGCCAGCAUACUUGGUGAAAUGGCUAGCAAUUUUCUGGCUAAAUUUAGGGAGGUGGGGAAGGGAUCACUAGAAGAUCUCCUAAGACUUACCUUUUUUUUUUUUUUUUGUAAAGAAGUACAUGUAUUUUUUAACUGACGCUUAAAAAAAAACCACAUCUUUUUUUUUUUUUUCCUGAAAUUCGUGACCCGGAGGUCUGGAUUUCAGGGUGCUGUUCUGGGUACUCCACCCAACGAAGAGCGAAAUCCCCCUGAAUUCGUGGCCCCCUCCUCUUGCAGUCCCCCGGCGUGACGCCGAGCUGAGGACCCGUCUGCCUGCGCUCGAGGCUGCCACUGCUGUUUCAUGCACCCUACUGCUGCGAGCUGCUCCCGGGGGAGCCUUGUUCAGGACAGGCCGUUUUGGGUCCCUCGGAUCAGCUGCGCUGGGGACCCGCGGAGGCAGCAGAGCCUUUUCCCUAAUAAGCGGUCGGCUCCACUUCCCUGCGCAGACGAGCCCCGAGACGACCAGCAUGGGCUGAGAUGGGCGAACCCUGUUCAGCCCCAGGUGGACCUUGUCCCACCACCCUUCGAAGCAGAGCGAUUCAUGUUCUCGACCUUCCCCUCCUUGGUCCCGCUGCAAACCACCCAACACUCUCCAAGACCACGGGCCCCGUUACGGGGAUGACAGCUUUGCAGCCGAGACGUACAGUUGUAUUUUUUUAUCCUAGCUGGUUACCUUGGAUUGUUUUUGUUUUCAUGUGGAGCUUUUUGUUUUUCCCCAGCUCCUUGGUGUGACCCUGUUCCCCUCUCCCAUCUCUCUCUCUCUCUCUUUUUUUUUUUUUUUUUUUUUUUUGGUGCUUUGGGGAAUGGUGAUUUUUUUUUUGCUUUUUUAUUUUUUUUGGUUGCAUUUCACCUCCUGGAGAAAGUCCUGGCUCCUGUGUUUUAGGGAAAGGGAGCAUCUCCCCUUUGGGGGAGAUGCAGCAGGGGUGGACUUGGGACCCUGUCAAUGAAGCAAAGCUCAGCUCUUGGGUUGGCCUCUUCGCCAGAGCGUCGCCAGCUCUGCGCGGCUUCGCUUGGCCUGGGUCUUAGCUGCCCUUCUUCCCAUCUUGUUCUCGUCCAGGUCAGUUGCUCCCCUUCCACAAAUUGCAGGAGGGGGGGGCUGAAGAACUGGUAGGAACCAGGUUGGCUUUAAGGUGGAAGAGGAUUUUGAGCAGGAUAGAAAGCCCCACUAGCUUGUAUUUUUGAGAAUGGUCUGUACCCAUUAUACACUGUCAUUGUUUUCAAUAAAAUUAGUCCUCAGAUGA